AACCAGCCUAUUUGUGGCAGUACGAGGACUCUGCAGUGCUUUGCUCAGAUUAACAGGACUCGGCUUCACAAUGCAGCUUUGUUGCAGAAACAGAUUAACACAUCAAGUGACCGGAGGUGCAAGAGUCUCUCGCUCUUUUUUUUUUUUCCUUUCCUACUUUUCUGUAUCCAGCAUUCACCCUGGACGCUGCCCUAACACAUCUCAAGCUACAUCAAGUAUGAUGGCCAGGCAUUUUCCUUUUCAGAGGUUUGUGGCCAUGUCAGCCUCAUGAGUUCCAGGUUGAUCGCCGAAGCUGAGCUCUGGUGAAGCCAACAAAACAAAAAUACAGCGGCUUCCUUCAUGUCAGACUACAGACAGACUGCAAGUUGGCCAACAAGCAGCAGCAGUAAUGACAGUGACAUACUCCCGUAGAGUUGCUGAUGCAGGUCUGGGGACCUUCUUUCACCUGCUUCUGCGAUGGAAGGGCAGCAUCUAUAAACUGCUGUACAGAGAGCUCAUCAUCUUCACUCUACUCUACUAUUUCCUAAGUGUGGUUUACAGGUUUGUGCUAAAGAAUGACCAGAAGAGGCUGUUUGAGAGGCUGUCCAUAUACUGUGACCGCUACGCCGAGCUCAUCCCUGUGUCAUUUGUAUUGGGUUUCUAUGUGACCUUGGUUGUAUCACGUUGGUGGGGCCAGUUUGAAAACGUUCCCUGGCCAGACCGUUUGGCAGCAUUAGUGGGAGGCCAUGUUCGUGGAGCUGACGAAACCUCCAGGUUGACCCGAAGAACCUUGAUGCGCUACAUUAACCUCUCUGGUGUACUCAUCUAUCGCUCUGUCAGCACAGCUGUCUACAAGAGGUUUCCAACCAUGGAGCAUCUGGUGCAGGCAGGUUUGAUGACAUCAGAAGAGCUGAGGCACCUGGAGGCUCUGCCCUCCCCACACAACAAGUUCUGGGUGCCCUGCAUGUGGUUUGUCAGUCUGGCUCUGAGAGCACGCACCGAGGGGCGCAUCAACAAUGACGUGGCCCUCACAGCCAUUCUCACUGAGCUGAACAGUUUACGGGCGAAAUGUAUGAAGCUGUAUGGUUAUGACUGGAUCAGCCUGCCUCUCGUCUAUACUCAGGUGGCAACAGUAGCAGUCUACAGCUUUUUUUUGGCUUGUCUAAUUGGUCGUCAGUUCUUGGAUCCGGCUCAGGGAUACCCUGGUCAUGAUGUGGACUUCUACCUGCCUAUUUUUACUCUGCUGCAGUUUUUCUUCUAUGUUGGUUGGCUAAAGGUGGCUGAGCAACUCAUAAAUCCUUUUGGUGAAGAUGAUGAUGACUUUGAAACCAACUGGCUUGUUGAUCGCAACUUGCAGGUGUCUUUGUUAUCAGUGGAUGAGAUGUAUGACAGCCUGCCACUGAUUGAGAAGGACAUGUACUGGAAUGAGUCUGAACCGCAGCCCCCUUACACAACUGCAAGUGUCGAACACCGAAAACCCUCCUUCAUGGGUUCAGCGCUGGAUAUCAGUGUUCCUAAAGAGGAAAUGGAGUUUCAGUCCAACCUUGAGCAGAUUAAAGAAAACGAGGAGGCCAACUACUCCACCCCGCUGCUUGGAGGGCUGGGACGUCUACUUGGGGUCCAAUCCCCUAACUUUCCCCGCUCUUCUCGGGUCUCUCUGCUGCGCCGCCGUCCUGGAGCUCCGCUAAGCCGUUACCCUCUUUACCUUCACCCAGAAGCACCAUUAACUCCAAGUCAAGCUCACCAACCUCCGAGCCAGGAACGAGAUCCAGACUACGCCUUCUCCACCAUGCCCAUGUAUGAGAGACCAGGUUUCUACAGCUGCCCACAAACACCAAUCCACUGCGUGCCCCCUGCAAUGCCACGCCCUCGGCCUCCUCGACGAACCCAAAAUGAAUGGGAUCGCAGUUGUAGUUCCAUGGCACCCCCGAUGGUGGGCUCACAAUUGCUACCUCCAGACACCCCUAACCACCUCCCACCACCACCAUCCUCUGCUUUCCCCUGGCUGGGUGGGGAUGGCGAAACGCAGAGUGCUCAAACAUUUUCUUUCCCUGACCCUCCACCUGAACUCUGUCCUAUAUCUAAACUCAGGCCAGGACACGGCCUGCUGUCUCGCCGUCCUCCCCCUCCUCGCCUCACACUGGAACCCCUCCAAUCAGCUGACAGCCAGCCUGGACCCCCAAGUGCUCGGGCCACAGGAAGUGGAGGAGAAAGAGUGUUUUCAUUCACACCCCCCUCUAACUCAGCAGUACCAAAUCCCAGUAAUCCUAACAGCAGCUCCAGCAGCAUUAAUGCAACAAGCACAAACAUCACUGGCACAACAGGAAGUCUCUGCAAUGGAACAAACCACAGUGGUUUUAGUAACCAUGGGAACUUCAACUCCAGCAUGAGGGCAAGCAAUGGCGGCACCAACAGCGGGCUGAGCAAUAACAUGAACACUGCAGCACCAUCACAGCAAGAAACCAAUCAGCAAAACUCAGCCAAUGAUUCAGGAAUCUCAUUGGCUGAAGGGGACCUGCUGGGUGUUCUGGUGGAUGGUGGGGUGAACAAGGCAGCAGCAGGAGGAAGGGAGCAGGAAUGAAGGCAAGGCCUGAUCCUAAACAAUAAAACAGAAGUGGACAUAGUAACCAUGAUGUCGCUCAUCCGUUUAAGAACGUACGUACUGAAGCUUAAAGCUUGACAUCAUGGGUUUUGAGGAUUUUCUUUCAUUUUUUUUUUUUCUUUGGAGCCACAAUUGUCCAUUUUAGGACAGGAGGGAAGAUGGAGUCUGACGUUUUAGACUGGGGGGAAAUGUAUAUUGGAAGUCUAUAAUCUAUUUAAUUAAAGAAAUAUUUUUAGAAGGACAAAGUUAUAUGAAAUAAUGAUGGUGUGACCUCAGCUAUGUCAGGGAAAUGGGGGUAGUAACAUUAAAAUCAUGAUAAGCUGGUUAUGGUGGGGUCAAAAAUACAAAAUGAUUACACUAAGCUACUUCCUUCUCCUAUUCCUGACACAAUACCUUAGUAUUUUGCUUUCGGGGCUUUACCAGCCAGUCUAAAAGAAAUGGUAGGAGCUAAUCUGAGGGUUUACACACACAAGAUUAUACAAUCCAUUUAGCUCAAAGCCAAGUAAUGACAUAACACAUUAGAAAAUUCAUCAAAGGACCAAACUAUGGUGUCAAGCUGUUAAAAAAAUGAACACCGCAGCCCUGAAGGGAUGACAUCAGCACAGUUAAAAGGUGCCACAGGGAUUGGUAGACAGUAUGGUUGUACAGAACUGCACAACCAGACUGGUAAAUCACCCGUGUGUAAUCUGAAUUCACCUAACAAACACAACUAGGACAGGGGCUGCAACAUAAUGAAAUGAAAUAGCAAUCCAGUAUUUUCUAAGAGAUAAUGAAAUUCUCUAUAAUAAUGUCCUGGCUGUCCCAAAGCCAGCCCCUAGUGGCUGUCAGCUGUACUGCAUAUCCAAUCACCUUAUGGGUUUCAUGUUUGAGCCCAAAAGGCUACUUCAUCUUUUAUUUAUAGUCUAAAUAUAUAAAUAUAUAUAGUCUGGUUGAACACAGUAGUCUUGAACUGGACUAUAUUCAUUCUAAAAUGCUUCAUACCCAUCUGGAGCCAACACACACACAAAUGAAAAUUAUUUCAAGCAAUGACUUAUUCCCCAUUUCCUAAGCUCUCUCACAACUGUUGUGUGGAAAACACAGGGGAAAAUAAGAUUCUAAGCUUUCCAUUUUACUCUGAAACUCAGCAACAAGAA